ACGUUGUAGUUUACACUUUGCGGAUAUAGGUUUUGCGUUAAAUCUGUUGCUCUUUUGCGUAGAGUAGUUUAAUGGGGAAACUGACAAAGCUUGUUGUGUUCGGUGCAAGUCAGACAGGAAAAACAUCGAUUUUGGAAAACUUGAUUUAUGGUGAAUAUGCUUCAGAUGAUCGGUACAAGACGUUAGAGGAUAUUUAUCUGGCACAAAUUGACACGGAGAGAGGCGUGAAGGAAACUGUUCGUAUUCAAGAUACAGCUGGGUAUGAUUGGACAAGCAACACCGGCAAUAGUUGCCCAAAACAUUAUUUUCAUUUUGGUGAUGGGUUCGUUCUUGUUUACAGCAUUACAGACAAAGAUUCAUUUAAAAGUGUGGAGCUGAUUAAAAAAGAGAUUGAUAAAACAAGAGAAAAGAAAGACAUUUGUAUUGUUGUUAUUGGUAACAAAAGUGAUCUUGCAUCAGAAAGACAAGUCGAUACUAACAUGGCAUUAAACUGGGCGUCCAAGGAAAAAGUUCGCCUGUUUGAAGUUUCAUCCAAUAACAGAAAAGCAAUUGCUGAACCCUUUAUUCAUAUUUGUAGUAAAAUGACGCAACCGCCGGCCAAGUCUACAUUACUUGGUGGUCGGCGAAUGAAACAACAAAGCAUUGAUUGACUUUAUUUACAAUAUGUUUUUAAAAUUUCUUUAUUAAUAAGCAAUUGAACUGUACAUUAAUGUUUCUGGUAAAUACGCUUCUAGUUUGGAAUAACAAAGGCAACUAUUCAUUACCCAAGCUUGGACCGAAAUUUUGUCAUUGUUGUGUCACUUGUGUGCAUUUGUGCAAUACAUAAUAACCCUACAUAUUCUUACUAAUGUAACUCUUCCAUUGUUCAAACCUA